AUGUCCGGAAGGCCGAGCGCCGCGCCGCCGAGCGUGCCCGAGGACGCCUACUGCGAGAAGCACCUGGCGCCGCCGCUGCUCUUCUGCGAGGACGACCAGGCCACGCUGUGCGACAAGUGCUACCUGACGCAGGAGCACAGGGACCACACGGUGCUGGGGGUCCAGGAGGCCGCCGAGAACUACAGGAAGGUGUUCCGGGAGCUGCUGCACACCCUGCGGGAGAAGCUCGAAGUCGCGAAAAUCCUGCUCGCCGAGGAGCAAGAGCGGAUGGUGACGGUUCAGGGAGAGGAGCAGAAUUUUAAAGAGGUGAUUAAGUCUGAAUAUAAGAUGAUGUUCCGGUUGGUGACUGAAGAGAAUGAGAUGAACUUCCAGAACCUGCAAGGGUACAUACUCAACCCAAGCUUGAGAGAAGCCAAUCUGACUCAAAUGAUAAUAUUUGCCGCAGAGCUAGAGGAGAGGUACCAGGAAACACUACAGAGACUGAACUGCCUGGGGAGAGAGAACAUGAAUAAACUACAUGAGAGUGAAUUCAGGCUCUAUGAACAGAUCUGGAGCCUCCACAGGAUCACCGCAGACCUAGAGAAGAAGUGUGGGGAAUCCCCCUUAGCAUUGCUCAAGGAUGCACGAUAUUUGGAAUGUGCUGGAUCUCUAGUGCUUCAGCGCCUAGAGCCCGCCCAAGUCAUAGAACCGCACUUAUGCCAAAUACCAGGAAUGAGCAAAGUGCUGGAACUGCUUCAAAGAGCUAUAACUUUGGAUCCCAAAACAGCUCAUUCCUGUCUUGUCUUAUCUGAGGAUCUGAGAAGUGUAAGCCUCAAAAAUGUCCAGCAGGAUGUACCUGGCAACGCAGGGAGAUUUGAUCUUAGUGCUUCUGUGUUGGGUGUGGAGAGCUUCACCUCGGGGAGGCAUUACUGGGAGGUGGAUGUGGGAAAGGCAACAAAAUGGCAGGUGGGCGUCUAUGAAGACACUGCCGGCAGAGUCAUGCCCAAAGUGUCUGGGGAUAAAAUCUUACUCAUGGGAUCGAUGAUGGGAACCGAAUGUACCUUCUGGGUCUUUCCUCCUUUAAAAAGGAUCUCCUUGAGAGAGCAGAUGCACAGAGUUGGAGUUUUCCUAGACUAUAAGUAUGGGCAGAUAGCAUUCUAUGAUGUGACAAAGAAACUCCUCAUUUAUAAUUUCUCUCAUCUUGGCUUCCAAGGAGCUCUGAAGCCCAUAUUUUCUCUUUGUUACCCAAACGGGGGCACACAUUCAGAUUCUCUCAGCAUCUGCCUCCCUGACGUUUUCUUCGUGUAA